CACCUCCCACCUAGGUGCCUCCAGCAGCAAAAACACCUGGCCACCCUCCCUUCUCACACAACAUCCCUCGCUGCCCGCCCACAAUGCGGAGCAAAGCCUCCUCUAUCCUCGCGGCCUCCAGCAUACUCACUUCCUCCUCUUCGUCAAGCUCAACAUCGUCCCUCCCGACCAGCAUCCGCCAUUCGACAAUCCUGCGCUUCUUCACAACAACACCACAACCACCACUCGCACGUUCACGCUCACGCUCGUCCCCAUCCUCGCCGACGGCCAGCCCACAACACAGACCCCUACACCAACACUUCCGACGACAUGCCUCGACGUCCCCAUCCGCCGAUCGUAUAAUCCGCCCUCUCGUCCCUCCACCGCGCGAAGGCUCCGGCCCCCUCCUCAGCCGGCGCCCGGACCGCGCCCUGCCCGACAUAUCGCGCACAUCCAUCUGGCUCAAGACCCUCCCCGUCUUCGUUCUGCUGAUAGGCCUCAGCUCGCUCGCGAUCUUCAACUACCAAAAGUCAUCGAGCUCGACCAUCAACAGCAUCCUGUACGCGCUGCGCACGAACCCGCACGCCCGCGACAUCCUGGGGGACGAGAUCUACUUCGCCAGCAAAGUGCCCUGGAUCCGCGGCAAGCUGAGUCCGCUGCAAGGCACGAUCGACAUCACCUUCUGGGUCAAAGGCAACAAGGCCGCGGCCCAGACGAAAUUCGUGAGCAUCCGCAGGAAGGGCAGCGAGUUUUUCGAGACCUUGGAGUGGAGUCUGACCACGCCGGACGGCAAGACGAUACAGUUGCUGAACAUGGAGGGCACGAGGGAUCCGAUUGCCGGGCAGAAGAUAUAAAUCAUUGUCCGGCUUGGUUAACUCACGUUUAUGGCGGGAAAAGGCAGGACGUGGGAUCACUUAGAAGAGAUAUUUGUGACAUGGUGUACAGUAUCGAACAAGAAAAGUAAAUGAAUGUGCCAUGAGCGAAGGAAGCGCCUCCAUUCGCACCCUUGAUUAAUUCUGUACAAUAUCUUGCAAUGUCGCAACACGUGCACCACACUUGACAGAAAAAUUGUCCGUUGGUGGGCACAAUCUUGAAGAGGAGAGAGGAGUGAAGAGUUGCCCUUCUUGCUCAGCCCAUCGCUUCGUCCAUAAGGUAGGGAGGGGUGCUGUGCUGUCUGUGCUGUG